CUUGUGAGCUUCAACUCCAAGAAUGUCACAAGGAUAAGGGUGCUGUUUUGUUCCCUACAGCACCUGAGCGCAGGAUGGAUGGAAGCUUAACGAAAGAGAUAUGCGUGCUGGAAAUAAGGAGGAAUUUCCUGACAGUGAGAACAAUUAAUCAGUGGAAUGGCUUGUCUCCAGAAGUUAUGAACGCUCCAACACUGGAAGUUUUAAAGAAGAAAUUGGAGAACCGUUUUCCUUGGAUGGUAUAAGCACUCCUGCCUUGGCGGGGGGGGGGGGUGGAAUAGAAAACAUCCAAGGUCCCUUAGAGCCUUGUGAUGGUAUGAUUCUUUUGUGACUUUUUUUUUAAAGAGCAAGCUUUUGCCAAAAAAUUUCUGUCGACUGAAAAGCAUACAGGAAGGGCAUGCCUUUGUUCCGAGGUUCCCAACCAAGAAAAUAAAAUAAUAUUUGCGGGCUGAGAUGGAAGACGCAUGAAUGAUUCUGUGCACAUUCUCCAAGCUUAAAAAUCCUAGGGCAUGCUAUAAACCGUUUGGUUUGACUUGGAGAAGAUGUGACUGUCCCUUUUCCUUCGCCUGGUUCCAGGAAGCCCAAGAAAGCUGGAUCGAGCAGCUCUUUCUUUGCCGAUUUCGGAAAUAUGCCACCUAAUUUUUCGCUGAACUUUUCUUUUCGGGCUAGAGGGAGAGAGAGUAACGCUGGAAGGCUAACCAUUGAAAACUGGCUGGUUUUAGGACCCUGUGAACAGAUUGCUUGUAGAAGGUCCUAAAACAUCCCCGAGAGCUGGUUGCUUAUUCAUUCAGAGCACGAACAAAACCAUCCAGCAACUGAGAUCCACCAACUUCCUUUGCGAACAAGGGAAUGUAAAAAAGAAAGAAAGAAAAAAAGAAAGAAACCCAACACACAGAAGACCAAAAAAUCAAGGAAAACUUUUGAGGUUCUUCUCUCUUCUCUCUCCCCUUUGCUCCAGAGCCUCAUUCUUUGCAGGCUUUUUUCCCUCCAUAACCUCAAGAUGAAAUUUGCUGAGAACUGCUGGGACGUCUUAGCACAAGUGAGGAAUGGACAGCGUUGAGAUCGGCUUGCGGAGGGAAGCAGAGGAGGAAAGAAGCCAGUCCUUAGAACUCAGCCCCGGGGGCUGUUUCACGGAGGUGUUUUCCUACUCCGACGAACGUCCACCAAGGUCAAGCCUGUUGAUCUCGGCCUCAACAUGACAGCUCACGGCUUCUGGGACCUCUGGGUAUUGAUGGGUUCUGCUGCCUUCUUCCUGGUCCGUGGACAAUAUCCACAACAGGGCAAUGCGGACAAUGGUCACUGGAGGCAGAUGAUCCAGUGGGAGAAUAAUGGGAGGCUGUACAGUCUCCUGAACUCCGGCUCGGAGUAUGUCCCGGCCAGCCACGUAAGAGCCGAGAGCAGCGCCAGAGUGAUGUUGGCCGAUGCUGCCGCUAACCAAGGACAACGCACUGCAGGGAACACUCGAAGGCAAGCGCCAACUUUACCCAUCAGGUCAGGAUCUGAUACAGUCCGGGGACAAACCAGGCACCCCUUUGGCUUUGGGCAGGUCCCAGACAACUGGAGAGAUGGAACCACCAGAGACAGUAGCUCCAACUCCCAUCGACCUUGGUCUUCCACGCCUCGUCAACGGCAGGUGGGCGCUGCGUCCUCUUCCUCUUCGUACGUCGCGUUUGGGCAGCUCUACCCACAGGGCAGCUACCCUCAGCCCCCUUAUGCCAACCAGUAUGAGGCCUAUGACCCACAGGCGCCACGGGUGUACGAUGAGAGCCACAAUUACUACCGUACCACUGGGACGUGGGGCGGCGCUGUGGCAGCCGCCGCAGCCAGCGCUGGGGUGGUGAACCCUUUUCAACCCAGAGCGAGGUACGAAGAGUAUUCAGAGGAGCAGAAUCCCUACCAAGCUCAACCCUAUGCCCCUGUCCAGGAGAGGCCGUAUGUGCCUCCCGCCCAACAGCUCCCAUCUCCGGAUGGCUUAGACAGACGGUAUUCCCACAGCCUCUACCACGAUACCGGAACUAGCUUUGACCAAAAUGUCCCGGAUUCCUACGCGUCUACCCAGAAUCAGGGCCAAGGAGUCCCUCUCGCAGACAACUUACAUGUCCACUCUGCAUCGCCUGCCAAUGCUGGUACCGGCUAUGGGAACGAGCCAUGGGUGAGGCAGUAUCCUCCUUUUGGGCAGGUUCCCGAACAGCCCUACAUCCCUGCCCGCAACGUGGAACCCCAGCCUCCUUUCCGGCCCUUAGACCCCCAAGGGGUCCCUCGGCCCGAGCCCUACCUUCCUAUCCGGAAUUCUGAAACUCCCCAAGUGAUUCCAGACAACCAAGGGGUCAACCAAGGCCGCAUGAGUGUGGGCAGCAUCUACAGACCAAAUCAGAAUGGACGCGGUCUCCCUGAUCUCGUACCUGAUCCAAACUAUGUCCAAGCGUCCACUUAUGUUCAGAGGGCACACCUCUACUCACUCCGUUGCGCAGCUGAAGAGAAGUGCCUCGCAAGCACGGCUUACACUGCAGAAGCGACCGAUUACGAUGUCCGCGUGCUACUGCGUUUCCCGCAGCGAGUGAAGAACCAGGGGACGGCAGACUUCCUGCCCAACCGAGCCCGUCAUACUUGGGAAUGGCACAGUUGCCAUCAGCAUUACCACAGUAUGGAUGAGUUCAGCCAUUAUGACUUGCUGGAUGCUACAACAGGGAAGAAGGUGGCUGAAGGCCACAAAGCUAGCUUCUGCCUAGAAGACACCACGUGUGACUUCGGGAACCUCAAGCGCUACGCCUGCACAUCACAUACCCAGGGUCUGAGUCCAGGUUGCUACGACACUUACAAUGCUGACAUAGAUUGCCAGUGGAUUGAUAUCACAGAUGUUCAGCCUGGGAAUUAUAUCCUUAAGGUUCAGGUAAACCCCAAAUAUAUUGUGAUGGAAUCAGACUUCACCAACAACGUGGUAAGGUGCAACAUUCACUACACCGGGCGCUUUGUGGCUACCACAAACUGCAAAAUAUCCCAGUCUUGAUUUCAACUAGGAUGGCAACAGCUCUUCCCACCUUGCUUAAUUGUCCUCUCUCGUCUUCUGCAAAAGCCUCUUGCAAGGUGAAGCCCGCUAGGAGGGAGUGGCCUCAUCACACCUGGAGCCUAUACAGAAAUGGAAAUCAUUCCUCAGCUUCUUCUUCUCUCUCUCUCUCUUUUUUUUUUUUGAGACUAUGUUAAAUGAAAUG